AUGUUGGCCAGCUUGAAUCGGAGCACGGCGGACCUCUAUGGCCUGGUGGUGCAGUUUCUCUUGAAGGGAACACCCACCUUGGUGUUCUACAAUCCAGAGGGACUCGACUGCAGCUGGAACCUCCUGUGGCAGCGGAACUUGACCACCCAUCCGCAGAUCGUUUGGCAGCGCAGCCAUGAAAAUUCGAGCUUGAACUUUCGGUUCAAUGGCGAGAUCAUGAUGCUGGCCUGCUUGCCAGAGGGCUCCAGUGGUGCAGCUCAUCUCGAAAACUUGGCCGACAGCCUAAGCCAUCUGCGAUCUGUGCGUUUGCUCAUUGAAGUGGUGGGCUUUAGUCAGGAUAUUCUGGCCAGCCAAUUGCUAACGAUUUGCCUAGGCGCAAGCCUGCUGUAUGUGGAACUAUAUUUCCAGAACUCUAACCACUCCCCAAUCCUCUACAGCUACCAGGCAUUUCCCAAAUUUAAGCUGGUGAAGAGGGCGAUCUCCGGCGCCAAAGAAAUCGAGCUCUUUGCCAAUAAGCUAUCGAACCUGCAUGGACAUCGCCUGCGGGUCAUGCCCGAUCUGUCGCCGCCGAACACCUUCGACUACCAAGAUGCCAGCGGGGAGCAGCAGGUUGCCGGCUAUCUGUGGGACUUCAUGGCCACCUUUGCCAGCCGCAAAAACGCCAGCCUGGAGGUAAUCCGACCCCAGUGGCAAGCUGGAGGGGCCCCCGAAAGUGCCUACAUGCAGGAGUACGCCGCCAAUGGCACCAUAGAUGUCGGUCUGACCACAGCGGGCAUAACCAAACGGAAUUUCGGGGCCAUCCAUCAGUACACCUAUCCCAUUCUGAUCACCAGUUGGUGCACCAUGUUGCCGGUGGAGAGACACCUGCAAGCCGUUGAUCUCUUCGACCGGAUCUUAUGUCCCGACUUGGCGGUGAUUUUGAUAGUCGCCAUUUUGGUCAUCUGGCUGCUUCUGCGACACCUGAGGUGCCUGAAAAGCUUGAGACUGGCGAGGAUAGUGCCGCGACUGCUGGCCCUGCUACUGAUAGCCACCUGCAGUGCCCAACUGCUGUCGCUGCUGAUCUCACCGCCUUACCAGGAAAGGAUAACCAGUUUCAAUGACAUGCUCGACGGCGAACUGAGAAUUUUGGCCGUUCGCGGUGAAUUCUACGACUUUGAUGGCUCCUUUCGGGCGCGAUACGCUGGAAUAUUUCACUUAAUUGACGAUCCAGAAGAAUUCUACGACCUACGCAAUCACUUCAACACAACUUGGGCCUAUACCGUGCCAUUUACCAAGUGGCUGGUGAUAAAUAACCAACAACAACACUUCGCUAAGCCACUUUUCCGUUUAGCAAAAGAUCUCUGUUUCCUUGAAUUCAUACCAACCAGCAUUGUUGUCGCACCGUACUCGAUUUACUGGGAGUCCCUCAAGGACUUCACGUUGGCAGUCGAGCAGUCAGGGCUGGUGACACACUGGAUCAGAAAGAGCUUCAACGACUUGGUUAAGGCCGGAAAGAUGAGCAUCAAGGACUACAGCCAGCUGGUCGAACUGAAGCCCCUGGACAUCGGGGACCUGGAAUUGGCCUGGCGAAUCUGUGGAGCAGCCGUACUCGCGGCCAUUGCCAUUUUCCUGAUGGAGUUCAUAUUUUUCUACGGCAACGUUUUUCUUAAUAAUUUGUAG